GGACUAAGAGAAGAAUUAAACCAUUGACAACAAUUUCACUUGAAUUGCCGAUUGCCGAUUGCCGAUUGCCGAUUGCGAUUACUCUCUGUCUCGAUUCAUAUUAAAGCCUACUGUUACUUUGGUUCGGUUAAUUUGUUUAUUUAUUCCAGCCAUUGCCAAGUCGUUCUAAACUUCUAGGGCAAGCUAAAGCACUUUGUCGAUACCAAUUCAGAAAUCGUGUAACCUCCAUAUGUCAAUCUCCGAUGCCGAAGAGGUUAUGGAAAAUCCUCGAGAGCGAAGACCGGCUUUAGGCCGCAAACGAGCUCGGUUUUCUUUGAAACAUAAUUCAAGUCAGCCAACUGUGAGUUUAGAACCAAGUUUAGAUAUCGAUAAAUUGAACGAUCCGGAGGAAUUCUUUAUGGCUUUUGAUAGGAUUGAAAAAGCCAAAAAAGAAAUACAGAAACAAACAGGUGGUGUUCCAUCAAAUUUGGAUGAAAAUGCUCAAUCCAUGGAUGCACGCCCUCGUCGCCCUGGAAUAGCGAGGAGAUCAGUUAAGUACAAACAUCGCUAUUCUACUUCUAUGUCCCCGGUGGAAAGCUUUGAUGAGGAACGUUGUAGUCCACUUUGUGGUUCACAACAAGAAAAAUCUGACCCGGUCCUCGAACUAGCAGAGAAGUUGGCUGGUUCGGUGGCCAAAGCAGAGAACAAUAUUAAUCAACUUCUGGAUCAUUUGCUUUCCAGUAAUUAUGAUGGGGACGAGGCAGUCAGUCUUUUAAAGGAGCGGUUGCAGAUCAAGCCUGUUGAUCUGGACAAAAUAUGCCUUCCUGAUUUGCAAGAUAUACGAAGGAUUGAUUUGAAGGCUUCUAAAGAAAACUUGACAAAGCCUAGAAAUUCAAUAUCAGAUUUGAUGAAAGGGAUUAGUAAAAGGACAUCAAACCGACUGGCUGAAUGUUCAGUUCAUUGUUCAGGUUCUCCAACUCCGCCAAGUUCAUUGGCUUCGGUAUCAUUGCUGAAGAAACAAAGUUCGCGAUUCAAUGUACUAAAUGAUCAGUUUUCAAAUGAUGAUAUUGACCGAUCACCUGUGAGAAAUGCAUCUCCAAUGGAAAAUACUAGUAAACAAUCUGAUCAGGUUGGUAUAGAAAAAGAACCAAGUGUGUCACACUGCACUGAUAGAAGAUCACCAAAGCAACAGUCUGAAAGUUUUGUUCAUCAUUUAGCUUCUCCUACUCCUCCAAGAAAUCCAUUAGCUUCAAUGUCAUUGCAGAAUAAAUAUGUGUUGCAGUUGGAUCCUCUUAGUCAUCCUUUUCCAACUGACAAUAUUGAGAAAUCACCUGGGGGAAGUGCAUCUGCUGUUGAAAGUAUCAAAAAACAAUCUAGUCAGGUUGAUACAGAAAAGGAACGGAAUGUGUCUCAACUCUUAAGGUCUCCAAUAUUAGAAUCAAAUCAAACUACGACUGCUAAUGCAAAUACUGAGCUCGAUGGGAGAGAUUUUGCUGGUCUUUUUGACAAAUUUGUUAAUGAUAAUGAUAGGAGACUUGAUUGUGGUAUUAGUGCUGUCUCAAGUGGAUCUCAGGCUGGCUUAGAGAAUAAUGGUUUAAGUAGGCCUGAAGUUGAUACAGAUAGUCAAACAAGAAAACCAACUGAAUUUGGUGGAAGGGUAGAAGAUAUACCAUUGGAAGCAGUGGUUUCUGCUCAUGUCCAACUUAAUGUGGAGGGCACAACCAUUGUUAAUUCACAUACCAUUCAGAUAGAGUCAGAUCAAGCAAAUCCUGCUAUGGAUGAGGACCAUGGAAUGGAUGGAUCUUCAAGAGCUGUAGAAAGUGGUCAGGAGUUGCAUGAGCAACAGAAUAAGAAGGGCAAAACAAAACGAAGUGCACACCGUGUACUUAAGAGGGAAGAAGUUUCUCGGAGACAAAGCCUUGCAGGUGCUGGUACUACAUUCGAUACAGAAGGGAGGAGACGAAGCACGAGGAUCAGAUCAAGACCGUUGGAAUUCUGGAAAGGUGAAAGAUUCUUAUACGGACGUGUACAUUCAAGUUUGUCAACUGUAAUCGGGAUAAAGUACGAGUCUCCAGAGAAGGCUGAUGGUGAAAACCCUACCCUGAAAGUGAAGUCUUUUGUUAGCGAUGAGUACAAAGAUCUAGUUGAAUUGGCUGCCAGGUUCUGAGAUAACCUUGAUUGGUGGAUUGUGGAUUCAAGGAUUUCUGUUGCAAAUAUAAUCUUAUUCCCUUAUAAUUUUAUGAUGAUCAUUAAGAAGCAUAAGCUUGACGUGUAUGGCACUAUGGUAUUUUUGCUCCGAAAUUUUCUUUGCAGUAACAUGCCAGACAAAUGAAGGCUUGUCUCCUAUGGAUCCUGGAGAUAUGCAAUGGGUUUCGACUUUCGAGCCUGUACUUAAGCUAACCAUGCUAGGCUGCCGCAAGACAUCCAAUUUAGACAUUCAUUUGGUAAUUCUUUUCACCCAAUUUCCUGAAUGUAAUGUGAGUUCAUAACUUCAUUUCUUGUCACAGAGAACAAAAAGAAAAUUCUAUACUUCAGUUGGUAUCUCUAAUAGUUAAAGUUUCCGAUUGAAACUACGGAGAUCGUAAGAGUUUUAUUGUCA